UCUGAAAUCUUUAACUGAGUUACGAAUACGAGAACGACUCUUGCUGUUAGUUGGUAAAUUUUUGUCAUUCAUUUUGCAUUUAGACAUGCAUGGAGGCGACACUGGCAACAACAUUAACUUCGUGGAGGGGCUAAUAGACUUUCUCGCCGGCUCGCUGGGCGGCGCUGCUCAAGUCUAUGUGUCGCAGCCAUUGGACACGGUCAAGGUGAAGCUACAAACUUUCCCGGAGAAGUACAAGGGUAUGCUCGACUGCUUUGUGAGCACAUAUCGACGGGAUGGGGUGAUGCGGGGUCUUUAUGCCGGCUCUGUGCCGGCAGUUUUUGCCAAUGUCGCUGAAAAUUCUGUGCUCUUUGCUGCAUACGGUGGCUGCCAAAAGUUUGUCUCCUAUUUGGUUGGCAAAGAAUUGGCAUCCGAUUUAACAACCACGGAGAAUGCCUGUGCCGGCUCUCUGGCCGCCUGUUUCUCCACCCUCACCCUCUGCCCCACGGAGCUGAUCAAGUGUAAGCUUCAAGCCCUGCGGGAGAUGAAACACUUUGUGGAGCCGACACAAACAGCCGAUAUACGCACACCAUGGACAUUAACGCGUUACAUCUGGCGAACCGAAGGCAUCAAGGGAUUUUAUCGUGGCUUGGGCUCAACGUUUGUACGGGAAAUGCCCGGAUACUUCUUCUUCUUUGGCAGCUACGAGGGCACACGUGAACUCCUGCGCAAAGAGGGACAGACUAAGGAGGAGAUUGGUCCAUUCCGUACUAUGGUCGCUGGCGCUGUUGGCGGCGUUUGUCUGUGGACAUCCACAUUUCCGGCGGAUGUGAUCAAGAGUCGGAUCCAGGUGAAGAACCUCAAUGAGGGCAUGUUCACCGUCGGUGCGGACAUUGUGAGACGAGAGGGCGUCUUGGCCCUCUAUCGUGGCCUAUUGCCAUCUGUGCUGCGCACAAUUCCUGCCACGGCCACAUUAUUCGUUGUCUACGAGUACACAAAGAAGGCGCUCCACGGGGCCAUGUAGCUGUGAACUGUAAACUGUCACCUCAACCUGACCGCGGGCGGUCAUCCGACACAAAAACAAAACAUAAAACAAACAUCUAAACAAAAACAAAACGAAACGAAAAACAAACAUAAAAUAAUUAGCUCAUGUUGCUAGCGCGUUAUUACACAUACUUAUGAC